AUGAACGCCAUCUCACCCCCCACAAUCCUGCGCUCCCGAAAGCACACACCCGCUCUGAUUCUCAGGCGAGCUACCAUUUCAACUCACAGACACUUCUGGUCAGCCAAGCCCGCCGCAAUGGCUCGUAUCAACACCUCGGUCGAGGACUUCAAGAAGGUCCUGGCGUCUUCCGACCGCGUCCUGGCCCUAUGCGGAGCGGGGUUGUCGGCCGCCUCUGGCCUGCCGACCUUCCGAGGCGCCGGCGGGCUAUGGCGGAACCACGAGGCCACAUCGCUCGCCACCCCCGAGGCGUUCGCCAAGGACCCGGCCCUCGUGUGGCUCUUCUACGCCUGGCGCCGCCACAUGGCGCUCCGGGCCCAGCCGAAUGCUGGCCAUUACGCGCUCGCCGAGCUGGCGAGGAGGAACAGAAACUUCUUGUGCCUGACCCAGAAUGUAGACGACCACCCUCAGUCCCAGCUGCGCAUGCUGCACGGAGAGCUCCUCGAUCUCAAGUGCUUUGACGGGUGCGGCUACGUCGAGCGCCACAACACCUCCGAUCCGCUGUGUCCCGCCCUCGCCGCCGCCGCCGAGGACUACCCGCCCGACCAGACAAUGCCGCUCUUGGAUCCCAACCAACCGAUCCCCGACAUCAAGGUCGAGGACCUGCCGCACUGCCCCGGCUGCAAGACCGGCCUGCUUCGCCCCGGGGUUGUCUGGUUUGGCGAACGGCUCGACGAGGCCAUGUUGCGCGAGGUUGACGACUGGAUUGACAAGGACAAGUUCGACCUCGUGCUUGUGAUUGGGACCUCAGCCGUCGUGCAACCGGCUGCAGGGUUCGUUGAUCGCGCUGCAGACCAGGGAGCCACGCUCGCCGUGUUCAACCCCGACCCCGAGGCUGCCGCUGGACUGGUGGAUGGGGAUUAUUUUUUCCAAGAAGAUUCCGCCAAGAUCUUGCCGUUGGUCAUUGAGGGGGUCACCCGCGGCGCCGCUUCACCGUCUUAG